AUUGGAGACAGUGUUUCUACAAAGGACUGAGAGACAGCAAGUACAGAAUCAAAAACAAGAUGACAAUUCCAAACCAUAUGCUGGUUUUAAUCCAGGACCCUAGGUCUGAAAGGAGCCAGCUGAAAAUAUUUAUUGGCACUUGUUUGGACUGAAGGCAAACCCGGAGUCCUGUAUGCCUCCUGGAAGUGUCCUCCCCCAGUGGCUAGAAACAAAACAGACAAAUACUGCAGGAAUGCACUGAAUGAAAUCACUGAGCACAUUAGGGAACAUAGAGUACACUGAAGAACAUGAAGCAAUAGUUAGAGAACUUGUUGCAAGAAUAGGAAUACUUCUGGGACAUUUCAAAACAGUAUUGUUCUUUCAAAAGAACUGUUUAGAACUAUAUGGGUUAUCAGUAGUGGUCUGUUAUGUUGUAAAUUCAGAAACCAUGCAUUUGGAUUAGAAUCAGGAUUCAGUUAGUAGUUGAGGUAAAAGAAAGACUUUUGAAUUCUGAACCUUCUAAACCUCUAGAAAUGCUCACAAGAUCAAAAGGAGGCGAUUUUAGGGAAGAUCAUAAUCCAAAGAGGUUUCCUCCUUUUGCAAGAGACUGGGAUAUGCAGAAAAUGGCAUGUUCUUUGCACAAAAGAGGUAGAAGGAGCAACAGUGAGAAAAGGAAUGCAGGCCUGGUCUGGACAUGUGGGGCAAGCUGUCUCCCCAGAUGUUUUCUAUUGCAAUUUGGGAAGUAUUUACCUUCUUGUCACCAGCUGGUGUACAGGUCCAGUCAGGGUUUGGUGCCUUCUUUAAAUGUGUCCCGUGGACCCAAGAGUCCAUUCCCUGGGAUUUGGCAGCACAAGGUUUGGUUAGCAGUAUGUGAUAAGGGCCUCUCAAGGGAGGUUGAAGAGAAUCUCUGUGGAGGUGUCUUUUCCAAUGGAGAGACUCUCCAGGUUGCAAGGUGUGAUGAUCAAGGGAGUAAGUUGUGUCACUCUCCGUGGAAUGAAGAUCAAGCCGGGUUCCAUCGGGAAAGGCAUCCCCUCCUUCGACGUCCAGGGCUCCUCCCCCCAUUUAUUCUCACCAGUGUCACACAAAUAGUCAGGUACUGUGUGGGUGGGGCCGGCGUGUUGGGGUGGCCCUGCAGGUUGGGAUCCACAGGCCUGUUGCUCCAGAUCAUUGACGACAAGGGCAACAGCCUGCCGUUCAACACUGAAGGCAACAUUGGCAUCAGGACGAAGCCCACCAAGCCCAUUGGCCUCUUCAUGGGCUAUGAAGACAACCCAGUAAAGACAGCCAAAGUGGAGUGUGGGGACUUUUACAACUCUGGAGAUAGAGCAACUAUGGAUGAAGAGGGCUACAUCUGGUUCCUGGGGAGGAACGAUGACAUCAUCAAUGCCUCUGGACUAUACACUUGGUUGCCACUCCCCCUGAGCCUCCACUCUGGUUCUGCGCUGCAGGUGGUGAAGGCAUUUAUUGUCCUGACUCCGGAAUUCCUCUCCCAUGACCGGGACCAGCUCACCAAGGAGCUACAGCAGCAUGUGAAGUCAGUGCCAGCCCCGUGUAAGUACCCCAGGAAGGUGAGUGAGGGCAGAGGGAUGGGGCCUGGUCCCGUCCAGUGGGCCCUGGGCUCUGCUGCCCCAAAUCUCCUGGGGUGGCUGGGGUGGAGCUUACGUAGCCCAUGGAAUGAGCAUUUUUCUCUACUGAAGAAGCAUUCAACUUAGGGGUUUAGGGGAGAUCCAUCUUAAUCAUGGAAACCUCUAUCCUGUGUCAGAAAACAAAAAGGCUGACAAAAAACCUACAGAAAAAAAUCAGCCAAGAGCCUAGAAAUAUCCAAGAAGGAUAUUUGAAAUCUUUCACAAUUUGAAAAAGACAUUCGGGGCACCUGGGUGGCUCAGUCGUUAAGCGUCUGCCUUCGGCUCGGGUCACGAUCUCAGGGUCCUGGGAUCGAGCCCCUCAUCGGGCUCCCUGCUCGGCGGGAAGCCUGCUUCUCCCUCUCCCACUCCCCCUGCUUGUGUUCCCUCUCUCGUUGUGUCUCUCUCUGUCAAAUAAAUAAAAAGAAAAUCUUUAAAAAAAGAAAAAAAAAA